AUGUCCUCGACUCACGUGCAACCAACUACAUCCAUCCCGGGCAAGCACAGGCUGGAAGGGAGCCGGUUCUUCAUCCACCCAUGCGCUACUUGUCCGCGAGAAAAGCCGCACGCAAGGUCUGAAGUGCAACACACCGCCGUCCCAGAGCAAGCCAACAAUCCCAAGGUCCAGCCCAAGGUCCAUCCCACAGCACCCGCCAAUCCAGCGUUAUCAUCCCCUAACAUGGGUAUGAUGGCAGAAAUGAAGGUGUCCCUGGCCGCAAAGCAACUGGCGCAACAAGUCAAGGAAAGCCGGAAGUUCUGGACCGGGUUCCAGGAGGUUUUCGAGGUGGAAGUGACGAACAUCAAGCCUUACGUCGGCGGACACGUGCUGCAAGGGAUCUGGCGUGACAAGGUCGAGCACAACAGCAAGUAUAAGACUGGAGAGAAGCAAGAUGAUCAACAGUUCGGCAUUCAACGCAUGAAGCUGGAGACCUGCCUCGGGCAGGUCGACGCGGCUAUGAAAUCUCUUGCUGUGGCUCGGUCGAAGGAUGACCCGUCAGGCUAUGAUUCUCGACACAAUCAGUUGGGGAAAAUACGAGCAGCCGGGAAUCAGAUCCUUGACUUGGCGAAGAAUUCGAUGUCGGACCAGGCUGCCUGCAAAGACCUAUUGACGGAACUAUCUGAACUGGGGAAGCUUGUAGAUCCCGAGAAUGAGGCGGCUGCGAUCUUACACCGGUUCGACAAGCGUGAGACACGCCAGGCCACAGGAUCCGAAGAAGCAAAUGCCGCAGACGAGACCGAUGCGAACAAGAAGGAUUAUGACAGCCAGAACGAAGUGGAGGGAGGCGCAGGCGGGUGGGAGAAGGAGAAUUUGUAG